AUGAAGAAAUCGCCGUUGCCGUUGCAGAAUGUGCACCGCUCCGAUAAGAAUGUUGCCGGGAGAGAAUCAUUAGUGAAGCUUUUGAGAUGGCAUUUCGGUCAUGCAGAUUUCAGAGGGAAGCAACUGGAGGCUAUUGAAGCUGUUGUAUCUGGAAGGGAUUGCUUUUGCUUGAUGCCGACGGGAGGAGGAAAAUCGAUUUGUUAUCAGAUACCUGCAUUAGCUAAGCCUGGAAUCGUGCUUGUUGUUUCUCCUUUGAUUGGUAUAAUCUCUUUCUUCCCUGAUUCCAUGAAUUGA